UUCAACAGACUCACGGUUUGAAUUUCUACAUUUAUGCCACUGGAACCUCACAACUUUCCCGCAAAAAUUCAUCACAACUCAAAAUUUUUCAGGAAACCAUCAUUUUCCCAACAACCAAACACGCCAAUGGACGCCUUCAAGUCCACCUUCUUUAUCACCACCACCCCACUCCUUCCUUCCAAACCCUCCUUCCAAAAAGUCUCCAAAACAAAACCCAGGAUCCCAAUCAAGUCCUCUUCACGAGUCCAGCCAGACCCAUGGUCCUUAAGCGACGGGAACGACAUAACAAAGCCGAAACCCCGGUUCAAAAACCCUAAAAACCCUCUCUCAGACGACAACGCGCGGCGCAUAAUAAAGGCGAAGGCGAAGUACUUGAGCGAGCUGAGGCGGAACCAGGGGCCAAGAGCGAUGACGCCCAAGUGGAUAAAGAGGACGCCGGAGCAGAUGGUGAAGUAUUUGGAGGAUGAUCGGAAUGGGCAGUUGUAUGGGAGACACGUGGUGGCGGCGAUAAAGGCUGUGAGAGGGAGGGAUGAGAAGGUGAACAUGAGGGUUGUGAUGGGGAGCUUUGUGGGAAAAUUGAGUUUUAGAGAAAUGUGUGUGGUGUUGAAAGAGCAAAGGGGUUGGAAACAAGUUAGGGAUUUUUUUGAUUGGAUGAAGUUGCAGCUAAGCUAUCGCCCCAAUGUUGUUGUUUAUACAAUUGUUUUGCGCUUAUACGGGCAAGUUGGAAAGAUAAAGCUGGCGGAACAGACGUUCUUGGAGAUGCUUGAAGCAGGAUGUGAACCAGAUGAAAUUGCUUGUGGUACUAUGCUUUGUACUUAUGCCAGAUGGGGACGCCAUAAGGCGAUGUUGACAUUUCAUUCUGCCAUAAAAGAAAGGGGAAUUACACUUUCUACUGCAGUAUACAAUUUUAUGCUGUCGUCUUUGCAAAAGAAAUCGUUCCAUGGAAAGGUGAUAGACUUAUGGAGGCAGAUGGUGGGUGAACAGGUUGCACCUACUGAUUUUACUUAUACAGUAGUCAUCAGUUCACUAGUUAAAGAAGGUCUUCAUGAAGACGCUUUGAUGACCCUUAAUGAGAUGAAGAACUCUGGGUUUGCUCCUGAGGAAGUAACUUAUAGCCAGCUUAUUAGUUUGAGUACAAGAAAUGGUAAAUGGGAUGAGGCACUAAAAUUAUACGAGGACAUGAGAUAUCGGGGAAUCAUUCCUAGUAACUACACUUGUGCUUCACUUUUAACUUUGUAUUACAAGAAUGAAGAUUAUUCUAAAGCCCUUUCUCUCUUUUCUGAAAUGGAGAAGUAUAAAAUCGCUGCCGAUGAAGUCAUUUAUGGUCUUCUCAUUCGAAUAUAUGGAAAACUUGGUCUUUAUGAGGAUGCCCAGAAAACAUUUCAGGAGACCAAGCGGCUAGGCCUACUUAGUGACGAGAAAACUUAUUUGGCAAUGGCACAAGUCCAUCUUAAAACUGGGAAUGUGGAGAAAGCUUUGAAUGUUAUUGAAGUUAUGAAAUCCAAAAACAUUUGGUUCUCAAGAUUUGCUUAUAUUGUCUUGUUGCAAUGUUAUGCCAUGAAAGAGGAUUUGGCCUCUGCUGAAGUCACAUUUCAGGCUCUCUCCAAGACUGGACUUCCUGAUGCUGGUUCUUGUGAUGACAUGCUGAAUUUGUAUAUAAGAUUGGACUUAACAGAAAAGGCCAAAGAUUUUAUUGUCCAGAUAAGGAAAGAUGAAGUGCUUUUUGAUGGGGAGCUUUACAAGACAGUUAUGAGAAUUUAUUGCAAGAAUGGAAUGGCAAGAGCGGCUGAGAAGUUAACGGAAGAGAUGGGUGAAAAUGUAUCAUUCAAGGAUAAUUACUUUUUUCAAACAUUUUUUAAGACUAUGCAUGGGGGAUUUCUGGGAGCACAAUCUGGAGACAAACUUUUGGCCUCCAACCAACUUGACUAUACGGCACUGGGGCUGAUGCUUAGUCUGUAUCUGACGGAUGGUAAUUUCAGUAAGACAGAAGAAAUUCUGAAAUUAUUGCUUGAGGCGGCUGGUGGCUCAUCUGCAGUGAAUCAACUCAUUAGCAACUUUGUUAGAGAAGGUGAUGUAUCUAAAGCAAAAAUUUUAAGAGAUCAGAUGACAAAACUAGGCUGCAGAUUGGAGGAUGAAGUUAUCGCCUCUUUGAUUGGUUUAUAUGGGAAGCAACAAAAGCUCAAAGAGGCUCAAGAUGUCUUCCAAGAAGUUGCAGAUUCGUCUAAACCUGGGAAAUUGAUAAUGAAAUCAAUUAUCGAUGCAUAUGCCAAAUGUGGUAAAGCUAAGGAAGCGUACUUGCUUUAUGAAGAAGCAACUGCACAAGGGCAUGAUCUGGAUGCUGUUGCUAUCAGCAUACUUGUGAACACGUUGACUAAUUGCGGCAAAUAUGAAGAAGCAAAGAAUAUCAUUAGUAAGAGUUUCCAAGAUAGCAUGGACCUUGACACUGUGGCUUAUAAUACCUUUAUUAAGGCAAUGCUAGAAGCAGGUAAAUUACAUUUCGCAGCCAGUAUUUAUGACCGUAUGCUUUCUUUGGGAGUUCCUGCAUCAAUUCAGACAUACAAUACAAUGAUUAGUGUGUAUGGACGAGGUCGAAAACUGGAUAAAGCUUUAGAGAUGUUCAACACAGCUCGAAGCUCGGGUAUCUCGCUUGAUGAGAAGGCAUACAUGAAUCUGAUCAGCUUUUACGGGAAGGCUGGUAAAACGCAUGAAGCAUCGCUUCUAUUCUCUAAAAUGCAGGAAGAAGGGAUAAACCCUGGGCUGGUUAGCUACAAUAUUAUCAUCAAUGUUUAUGCUGCCGCGGGACUUUAUCAUGAAGUUGAGAAACUUUUUGAAGCCAUGAAGAGAGCUGGCUUCGCACCUGACUCUUUCACAUAUCUUUCCCUUGUUCGUGCUUAUACAGAAAGUUUGAAAUACUCUGAAGCAGAGGAAACCAUCAGUUCUAUGCUGAAGCAAGGCAUUCCCCCUUCCUGUUCACAUUUUAAUCACUUGCUAUCUGCUUUCUUGAAAGCAGGUCUGAUAGUGGAAGCUAAUAGGGUGUACAAGGAACUACUAACAGCUGGUUUAAGUCCUGACCUUGCAUGUUAUCGGACUAUGAUGAGAGGCUACGUGGACUAUGGAUGUGUUGAAGAAGGAAUAAACUUUUUUGAACAGGUUAGGGAAUCUGCAGAACCAGACAGGUUUAUUUUGAGUUCAGCUGUGCAUUUGUACAAGUAUGCAAACAAAGAACUUGAAGCUAAUGGUAUUUUGGAUUCUAUGAAAUCUUUGGGGAUCUCGUUCCUGAAAAACCUGAAAGUUGGAUCAAAGAUGAAACCCUCAUAAUACCUGUUUCGACAAGUAUUUAACAAAGUCUAAUACUUGAUCAGGGAAGACAGGCUAAUGACAAUAAGUACCAGCUAGUUGUAUUACCUCUGGAGACAUGGUAGUUGGAUAAGACCUACAAAAGUGCUAAGAUGUCGUCUGGUGUAUGAGGUUGAUGGACAAAUACUGUAUAGUUGCUUUCAAGAAGUGACAUGGCAGCGGGAUCAGGUCGUUCUGUUAAUAACAUUCCUUUCUCAAGAGUCGAUGAGCAUUCUAGCAUAUGAAAACUCAAACUCAGUGCUGGAAGAAGUCAUUGACCUUGAGAAGUUUACAUUUAUAGAGUGAAAAGGACCUGCUAAUUUAAACUGGGAUUGCCAUCCCGGUCAUACUGGUGUAUGCAUCAGCAUCGUUUGUGGCUGAUAUAUGGAAAAUAAUAAUAUGGCCUACUGAAUUUCAGAUUUUUAAAUAUGGCGUUAGGUUUCAAAGAUGGUGGUGGUAUUUAUCUUUUGGUGCUGCAUUGUAUUUGCGUGAGAAGCUGUAACUGUAGCUUGAUAAAGAAGUUGAUCAACAGCUGCGUCUGUGAAAUAUCUAGCAGUGGUGAUUUUAACAUGCAUUGGAAUACAACUCAAGGAGUUCGCCUAGGAUAACUGGUGUAAUCUGUCCACUGGAUCGGAGGACCGCUUGGAAAACCCCAUCUGAACACUGCAAUGAAGGUUCAUGGUGUCGUUGAACUUGCCAGCAGUGAGUCUCUUCCCUGUAAGCAUCUGCAACAAUGAGAGCCAUAACUUGUUUCAUAAAAGCAUAUUUUAGCAGGGGAAACUAUCAUAGACCUUGUUGAAACUUUAAAUCUCAUACUUAGACCUUGUUGAAACUUUAAAUCUCAUCCUUACUCUUUGUUUUCAGAAAUUUCUGAAAAUACCGGUUGAUGAUGGAAUAUUGAAAUAUAAGGAUCUCUCACGGAAUCGAUGGUAGUAUAGUUACCUUGUAGAAGACCAUCAAAACUAUUAUUUGUUUCGAUAUAAAAUCAGUUUGGUUUGGUU